ACCCUGGUGUCUACCAUGUCCAACAAAUCUGGAACAAACAUUACAACGCCAGUGUCUACUUUGUCCAACAGAUCUAGUACAAACACAACAACCCUAGUGUCUACCAUGUCCCACAAAUCCAGUACAAUCACUACAACCCCGGUGUCUACCACGUCAAACAAAUUUAGUACAAUCCCAGUGUCUACCACGUCCAUCAAAUCUGGUACAAACACUACAACCCCUGUGUCUACCAUGUCCAACAAACCUGGUACAAACACGACAACCCCAGUGUCUACCAUGUCCAACAGAUCUAGUACAAACACAACAACCCAAGUGUCUACCAUGUCCAACAAAUCUGGUACAAACACUACAACCCCAGUGUCUACCAUGUCUCACAAAUCUAGUACAAUCACACCAACCCCAGUGUCAACCACAGGAAACAAAUCCAGUACAAACACUACAACCCCAGUGUCUAACAAGACCCUCAAAUCUGGUAAAAACACUACAACCCCAGUGCCUACCAUGUCCCACAAAUCUAGUACAAACACACUAACCCAAGUGUAUACCACAGCAAACACAUCCAGUACAAACUCUACAACCCCAGUGUCUACCAUGUCCAACAAAUAUGGUACAAACUCUUCUACCCAAGUGUCUACCAUGUCCCACAAAGCUAGUACAAACUCUACAACCAAGGUUGCUUCCACGAGUGCUUUCUCGUUCAUGGACUCUAAUAGUGUACAAGAGAAUGUUCAAGUGACAUGUUCUGAACAAUGUGCUCAUACAUCAUUGAAGCACAUACAGAUCAAUACGAGUACGGCAACAACCGUGUCCUCAAGUAUUCGACCAAAUGUGCUGAAGUGGAAUGAGGUUAAAACCUCUGAUGAAGUCGUCGACAGGGCAGUCUAUAACCAAUGGCAGCGUGAGAAAUGGAACCUGCAUGACAAGAUAGUGACUUCGGUUAUCCUGUGGGGCCAAGGAGUCCAAACGCCAUCAACAUUCCAUAUAGACAUCAAACGCGCAAACGAACCUGAUCUAGAAUUUCUUCUGUUGCAAGUAACCAAUUUGAAAACUCACGCGAUAUUUCAAACAUUUAUCAGAAAUAGUCGUGCCUCUGAGAUCCGUAACUUCAUGUGCCCAUAUGACGUAUUGGAAGCGUCCACAGCAACAGUAACUGUACACGGUGUACGCAUGUCUGGUGUGAACAAUCGUCUUUGGUACACCGUCCUGACUGGAGACAAGAAAACAGUGCUCUUUAGAGAUGGCCUGAAUUACACUGAUCUGAUGAUGACUGCACAACCUAUAAGAACAUACCAAGAUUUUGUAGCAGAUGAUUCGAAAAAGGGAUCCUACCAUGUAACUGUAGUCAGUACCGGCCCACGGCGGUACAUGUUGACAGACCUACAGCACAGGGACGAACACACGGACGCCUUUAUUAUUACUCUUUAUCAGACUCACCCUCCAGCCGCAUGUAUAAUGAUAUACCAUGGUUCAGAAACAACGUAUGAGAUCCCCUUCAAUCUAAACCCCGCCACAGAGUAUAAACUACAGCUGUUCAGAGUCUGCACGAGAUACGUCAUGAAUGACGUGUUUUUUAUUGGAAAUUCAUACUCAACCGUAACAACUUUUACUGCACAUAUGACGCAAAAUGAGGUGUUGGAACUUUACAUCAAGGCGACACGUUUCGUUUUAAGAAGACCGCCCAACUAUUUCAAUAUUUCUCAUUUCUAUCGCAAUAAGUCCGAGGAGUACUUUAACAAUAUCAUGAAUACAGAUGGUUUGAUGCACAAGUACGACAAGAACUUCGGGGGAGAUCAGGCCUCCACACUCAACAAACAAGUACAGGGUCUGUUCUUCAGCGCAGCCGUGGACCCGGUGACACGUUUACCUCCAGACUUUUCCUUUUUCGGGCCAGUAAGGUUACAUGUCCCCACAUUCGUCCUGUUGAACCGCAACAUGAACAUGUAUUUCUCUGACUUCUACUGUCACUAUUUUAAUCACAAGGACCAAUUGGUCCUUACGGUCAAGGGCAGUCCGACUGACCACUACUGUAGUGAACGACUCGUUCUGGUUGACCAGACCAACAACCCGUUUCUCAUUAGAUACGGUUUCACUGAAAUUGUCCAAGUAACAAUGAACGUUACAGUAGAAGUAUUCUACACUGAGGACUUACAUGUCGCGGCUUUGAUGUUGUUCAGUAAUGUGUUCUUUACCACAACAAAACAACAGGGAAACGCUUUGGCCAUGGUAAACGGCAUUCCGAAAAACAGGCACUGUGGCGUAUGUAAUUUGGACUGUUUCCUUCUCGCUCACAAUAUGCUGUAAUGAUUCAGCGGACACGACAUAGUUAUAUUUUGUUUACAUCUGCUAUAUAACCUAACGUUUUAUGCAACAGUAUAGUUUCGCUUUCACUGAGAGAUUUUUUUUAAACAAAAGUGAACUUGCUCAGAAUGAAAAGAAUAUAUAUAUGAGAGCUUCCAGGGCUGAGCAUCCUGGAAAUAGCUUCCCGUACAAUCUGUUGUCCUUACUUAGGGGGUAUUGCAAACAACGCCAUUCUUUUAAUAUACAAAAUAAUAAUCUUGCAUCUGUCAUUCUUAUAUUUAUUCAUAAAUACCUUACUUAAUAUUAUAUUUUUAUCUUUCACCACAAUGUUGCACCAUACCUCUUACAUUCCAAGACGUCGCAUUUCAUUCCGUAUUGUAUUUUAGAAGAAAAACAUUAGUAAAUAAAGAAAAUAUUGAUCAAAUAAUGAUCCCCAUCUUUGUUUAUUCUAAAAUAUAAAAAAUAAUAUGAAUCUAAUACAUAAACUUAUACCACUAUGUUUUUAAGACCAACUUACAUGAUAUAUACCCCACCUACAGCCCUAAGCAAAAUUAAAAGUCAAAAUAAUUUCGAAAAUACUAAAUGUUGGACAUUGUAUAAGACAUUAGCUACACAAUGUUCGACAUUGUAUAUAUAACACAUGCAAUGCUCUUUUUUGACAUUA